GAGCAUUAUCCACUAAUUGAGCAAACCUACAUCAGUGUCAUCGCUGCACAGAGGAAUUACAGCAGACGUGACUACCCGUGGCACAGUUUGUGGUCCCACCAAAGGACCACCAUGUCUGGAGCAAACAGUGAUCACCUGCACAGGUCCACUCUCACCGUCUACACUAAUCUGAUGGAACAUUUCAACCCUGGCCUACAGAAACUGGUCACCUUGGGAAACAGCUAUGUCAAAGCAUUUCAAUCUCUUGCAAUGACCAGUGAAGCCUACUUUAGCGCUGUCGCUAAAAUUGGAGAACAGGCUCUUCAUACAUCUUCAUCUCGCUCACUGGGUGACGUGCUGAUCCAGAUCUCUGAGACGCUGCGCAGACUGACCGCUGAGAUCGAGGGAGUGUUCCAGUGGUUCCAUAUUGAAGUGCUGCAGGCCAUGGACAAGAAUGUGAAGCUGGACGAGGAGUACAUUGAUGGCAGCAGAAGGGUGUAUGAGCUGGAGGUGAGGAACCAGGCCGCUGCUCUGGAGAGACAGUUGAGAAGAGGAGCUUUCAGAGACUCCCUGGAGAGCAGUGAGUACAUGCAGUAUCUGAGACAGAGUAACCAUGAGAUCCUGAAAGAGGAGGAGAGACGCUACCGCUUCCUGGCAGAGAAACACUGCGGCCUCACGCAGUCUCUGCUCUUCCUCAUCAACAAGACAGGUGCCUCACUUCACCAGAAAGGUGAGGGCUGGAAAGAGAAGGUCAAUGAGAGCAGAUCAGCCAGACCACGAACCCCCACACCUGGCGACCAAGAGGCCCAGCUGAGGAGCUCUCUAACCAUGCUGCUGCAGACUGGGGAAAGAGAAGAGGACAGAACUGGAAGAGACCAGCAGCCUUUGGGAAGAGUGCCCUCCAGGGCUCCAUCCCCUCUGCUCAGUCGUUCCCGCUCCAGCUCUGUGGGGGAGUCUCUGGGUCUGAGUGGAGGGCGGCCCAUGCGUGCGCUGCUGUCCCACCCCGCCUCCUCCAACCCCGUGCUCCUGCCCUUCUCCCGGGGCGACAUCGUCACCGUGCUGCUGCCCGAGCCCCGCAACGGCUGGCUCUACGGCCGCCUGGACAGCAGCCUGCGGCAGGGCUGGUUCCCCGCUGGCUAUGUGGCUCCUCUGGAGGACUUCCUGCAGCCUGCAGGCUCUGGCGGGGCCUCUGUCCGGAGCCACAGCAUGAGCAAUAUUUUUGAAGCGGCUGACCAGUUGGACAAAGUCAACACCAGAAGCGAAAUCCCGCCCCCGACCACGCCUGUCCGGAGGAGCUCGGUGGACAUCCGUAUGGCCUCUCCUCUUCCCGACAGAGCGGCCGAGUUCUCGUACGAGAGCAAAACCAAUCAGAAGAGCUACAGUGAAAUCCCGCCCCCUGGCACUCCACAUCGCAGGGCAUCUGUGGACGUGCGGGCCGUCUCUCCUCUGCCUGACAGGAGGGCCGACUCUCACUUCGACCACAAGCCAAACAUCAAAGGCUACGAUGUCACCCCCCCAGCCCCUCCUCCUCCUCCUCCACCUCCUCCCCCUAAGACGCCGAUGGAGCUGAAGCCUCCCGUCUCCCCACUCCCUGAGAGGAAAACAGACUCCAGCUCUGGGAGAUCUACUCCGCAUGGACAGCUACUAGAGAACCCACUCUUCCCCAGGGGCACCAACCCAUUUGCCACAGUGAAGCUUCGCCCAACCACCACCAACGAUAGAUCUGCCCCACGGAUUCAGUGAAGCUUCGCCCAACCACCACCAACGAUAGAUCUGCCCCACGGAUUCAGUGAAGCUUCGCCCAACCACCACCAACGAUAGAUCUGCCCCACGGAUUCAGUGAAGCUUCGUCCAACCACCACCAACGAUAGAUCUGCCCCACGGAUUCAGUGAAGCUUCACCCAACCACCACCAACGAUAGAUCUGCCCCACAGAUUCAGUGACCCUAGAGGAAGCUGCGGUGGUGAGGUGCAAUAGCCCACAGUGAGAGAAAUGUCACCUCUUUGGAGGUGAUAUGAGGAGCACCUUGUAAGUGAUGGCAUUAAAUAUAUACCAUUACCUUUAGCAUAUGAAAUGUACAUAGUUCCGUAGGUGUGCUGUUCUAAGUGUUCUUAGGUUUUGAGGGUUUGGUGGGUUUCUGUUUGACUGCUACUUUAAUAAAGUAGACUUUUUGAAACGUUUCUUUCAAAUUUCACUAAC